AUGGAUGACCUUUCUGUAAAACAAUCAUUGUCCGAGUUUCUAAAUAAAAUUUAAGAUAUUACAAGUUUAAUCAAUUUUGGCUUGAAACCUGUUGGCUUAUAUUUUAAAAGCGAAUUACCUGAGUAUUGCAGGAACAAUAGCAUAUUAAAAAAGAUUUGUAGCAUUUUUAAUAUUGAUACCUUGUUAUUAUAUUCUCAAAAUUAAAAAUUGGCAUUCUCUUCAAAGAACAUUACCACCAGCGUGGCUAUUGUGAAAAUAAUAGAUUAAUUUGAUCUCAGAAGAAUUAAAUUAUAAACAAGUCUUAGAUUCAACCUGGGAUAAUAAAUAGAUGUCCAAAGCACAUUAGAGAAGGUGCGUAAGAAUUAUGAGAACCUAAAUCUCCUACACAAUAAUUAGCUUUUAGUGUAAUAGCAAUAAUUAAAUGAAAUUGCCAAUUCGAAGGAGAUCGUUUUAGGCUAUUUCAUGGCAUAGACACAAUCAAGUGAAUGUGUAUAAAAUGAUUAAACUUCAAUUCUUUAAGGGGACUUGAGCAUUUUAAUAUUAGCUGAUUCAAAAAUUACGAUAUCAGAUAUAAAAUCAUUAAUUUUGAAUGAUUUAUUGGAAUCAGUGAAAGUAAGAUUAUCAUAAGAAUUGAAUCCCCCAUGUUAUUUGGCAAAAAGAUUGUUAAUAACAUUUAAGUAGAAUGAUUUAAUAUUGCAAAAUUACAUAGAUCACGAAUUUAAUAAGGAGUAGGAGAUCAAUUAUAUAAAUUAAUAUUUCCCAAAUUAGUAAAUCGACUAGAUAAAAAUUCUAGAGAGUAAAUAAAAAGUAAAGUUAGAAUAACCAAAAUAACAACAACAAUAACAACAAUAACAAUAAUAAUAAUAAUAAUAAUAAUAACAAUAACAAUAAUAAUAAUAAAUUAAAGAAACAAUAUAUGAGAAUUAAAAAGAAGCAGUUGGAUAAUAAAAUUAAUAAUAGUAAUAGCAAGACAUAAAAGGGAAAGUAAAAUAGGAAUAUUUAAUAAUGUUGGCAAUAUUCGGAAUACUGGUAGCAAUAUAUUUGAAUACAUUAUUUUGA